AGAGGUUGCAGACACACACACAACAAACCCCGCCCCCUCCCGCCCGCCCCGCCCCCGAGACACGAGUGAGCGAACGUUGCUUUACGAAAAGGACGGCAGUGAUGGAAAACUCCACAGAGGAGCAGCGAGAAGGCGGAGGAGCCAACGCUGAGAUACACGAGGAGGAGGCGGAGCGCACGGAGGAGAAAACACACAAUAACCUCAAAGGAGCGAUUAACGGAGUGAUGGAGGGAGCGUCGGAAGCUGCGAGCGGAGGAGAGAAACUAAAGAACGGAGACCGAGGAGGAGGAGGAGGAGGAGGAGGAGGAGGCGGCGGCAUCAUCGGCGAGGGAGCAGGUGACCUGUCCUCCAUCAACGCCAUGAUGUCAGCGGUGAUGUCAGCAGCAGGGACCAUCAAUGGCAGCGGAGGAGGAGGAGGAGGAGGAGGAGCAGAAGGAGGAAGUGGAGUCACAUCCGGCCAAUCCUCUGCAGGCCCCUCACCCAGCCCCUCCCCCAGCAAAACGCUCACGUCGGCCAUGAGAGCUCCGCCCAGCCGCAACGCCCGACGCACACAGGACACCAAAGACGACGGUUUGACUCACGUGUGUCCGCUAUGUGACAAGAGCUGCGGGUCCCAACACCAGCUGACCAUGCACAUCAGACAGCACAACGCCGACACCGGAGCGACGGAUCACUCGUGCAGCAUCUGUGGGAAAUGCCUGAGCUCGGCCUCGUCGCUCGACAGACACAUGCUGGUGCACAGCGGGGAGAGACCCUACAAGUGUAACGUCUGCGGACAGACCUUCACCACCAACGGCAACAUGCACAG